UGCCUUGUGGGAAAUGUAGUUCGAUAGCCACCCCCCAAUGUUCUUUCAACAUUUUGGUGACGUUUGUGCAACGUGAUAUCGUUCGCUGGUUUUUACUUUAGCUCAACUUCCGCUUGUUCUCUGUAGUGAUAGAGCAAAGAAACGUUGCCAAAACGUUUUAUAAAGGCUUUCGGAAACGUUUCAUCGGCUCACAGUUUGGAAAAACUUAAAUGGAGCACGGUAACGGGGAUAACCCCGACUGGCCGAUGCAACGACGAGUGGAGGGUUUUGUAAACAAACAUAUGGCAGACAUUGCUCGAGAAGCCCUCCAGCAGAGGCUGACUGCUGUGUCAGAUGAGAUGCACAAUCUGGCCGAACGUGUUUCCAGACGAUCAGGGGAAGAGUUCAAAGACGACCCGCGGCAAGGGGACGUGAGCUUCGGUGUACAGCCGCCACUCUGCUCCGCCUGUAGCUCCGGAGCCGCAGACAAGUUACUCUCUGCCCCAUCCACAGAGACAGCUGCUCAGCGGAAGAUCAUCGGCCUACUAGUGGAGAUUCAAGAGGAGCAGCAGCGACAGUGGGCAGUGCUGAGGGAUCUUCAGGCCCGCCUGCAGGGUCCGGCCGGCUACGAGGAAGAGGAUGUUGAGGCCCUGGAUAUGGAUCUCCCCCUGAGGACCCUGGAGCAGCUGGAUGACAUGGAGAGGCAGCUGGAUGAUGCAGGAAUACAGAAGAGAAUGGUGUCUUACCUGUCCCGGAUGGGCGGAGCUACGGUUGAAGAUGCAGUGAGACGCCUUAUGCAGGCUGUGCUUUCAUUCGCUGUGGGUUCUGAGCUUAACUGGGUGGGCCGCGGACAGAAGAGAAGCUUCAGGAACACUCGCCUCCAAGGGGUCCUCUUCUGCGCUCUGAAACGAACACCGGUGGGUAAGGAGGCCACACAUCACCAGUACGCUGACGUGGUGAAGAAAUGGCUGCGGUUUGCUCCCUUCAGACAGGGAGGGACCGGCCGUCGCUGCUACAAAGCUCCUGUGGAGUUUCCAGAUUCUGAGGAAGCUGACUGAGUUUUAACCAGAGCUGACCAAACUGACAUUCAUGGUAUCCCAAGAUACCUAAACAUGAGGGUUUCCAUUCUGAGACAAGAUAUCCACAUGUAAAAAUAAAAAAAAAACACACAUGCAUGAAAAUAUUUCUGUUAUGAUAGCAAUUUAAUUAUUAUGUCUUAAGACCCCUGCACACUGUACACUUUUGUAUUUUUCCUCUUCCUGCUAAAAGUGCAAAUGUCCUUUUUAAAGACGCGAAUGAGAAGACAUUUUCUUCAUUUCAGUGAGCUUUGUUAGAGAAGAAAGAUGGCAGUGAUACGUCUUACAGAACUUUUUUUAAAUAUUGGUCAGUGCACAUCAGUCUCAUUUGUUUAUAAAUGAAUGUAUAGUGUAUGAUUUUAUUUUUUUCUUGUAUGUUAAAGCAUCGUAACGAACGAAAAUAUGUGAGCGUUUGUACAGUGGGUGUUCACAGUUUAUACUGUAGGGGGCAACCAAAUCAAAACAUUUGUCUUAAAGUUAAGAAGAGGUUUUUUCUGUCAUCUCCUGCCUUAAAUGUAUAAUAUGUAGUAGGUACCACUCAGAGAGAAAGAGAGAGCAGCGGUGGUCGAGUGAGCUAGAGAGUAAUUGAAGAGAGGGAGCACUGAACAAAGCAGUGAAUUGAAGGAUUGCAUUUUAUUUUAUAA